AUGAUCACUGUCAAGUAACGAAGACUCCGCCCACGACAGAAACGUCCCAUGACGUAAUCGAAGCUAAUUGCGGAAGUGAACGAGGCGACGGACAAAAACAGACGGAAACAAACAAGUUGGUGUCGUACGCCUGAGUGACUGAUAUCUACCGACGGUUCAGCAUCACCAUGUUGGGAGGAGGAUUCAAAGCAGAGCGCCUAAAGGUGAACCUCCGGCUGGUCAUCAACCGACUCAAACUCCUUGAGAAGAAGAAAACUGAGCUCGCUCAGAAGGCGAGGAAGGAGAUCGCUGAUUACCUGUCGUCGGGAAAGGAUGAGCGUGCACGGAUCCGUGUGGAGCACAUUAUCAGAGAGGACUAUCUGGUGGAAGCCAUGGAGAUCCUGGAGCUGUACUGCGACCUGCUGCUGGCUCGCUUCGGCCUCAUUCAGUCAAUGAAGGAGCUGGAUCCAGGCCUACAGGAGGCAGUGUCCACGCUCAUCUGGGCAGCGCCUCGUCUCCAGUCAGAAGUGUCUGAACUAAAAAUUGUGUCGGAACAGCUAUGUGCAAAAUAUAGCAAGGAGUAUGGCAAGCUGUGCAGGACAAACCAGAUUGGCACAGUCAACGAUAGGCUGAUGCACAAACUGAGCUUAGAGGCCCCUCCCAAGAUCUUGGUAGAGCGCUACCUGAUAGAGAUCGCCAAGAACUAUAAUGUGCCGUACGAACCUGACGCCAUGGUCCGGCCUGAGGUGGGUCCAGGAGAGGAGGCAGAUCUGAUUGACGUGGACACUGACAGGAAGUCUGGAGGAGGAAGAGGAGGAGGAGGAGGAGGAGGUGGUGGUGGUGGAGGGUUCAGUGCGCCUCCUGCUGGUGCAAUGCCCAUGCCUAUGCCAAUGCCUAUGCCCAUGCCAAUGCCAACAGCUUUCAACUAUCCACCUCCCAAAGGAGCCGAACCGUUUAAUGCUCCUGUCGGAACCUAUGAUCACUUCCAGCACCCCAUGGGAGGAGGGCAGCCCCCUCAGCUGCCCACUUCUCCCCCCACAUAUGAGUCUAUUGAUGACCUAACUGGCAUGCCUUCUGUUCCUUUCCAGGCUGUAGGUCCUGGGCCUUCCUCUCAGCUAUUUGACAACAAUGCUCUCCCAGAACUCCCCUCUGUUCCCGACACACUCCCCACAUCUUCCUUCGGUGGUAACACCACCAACAGGGAUGACAUCGACUUCGACGAUUUAACGCGGCGGUUUGAAGAGCUGAAGAAGAAGACUUAAUUGCUAUAUCCUUGGUCUACACACACACACACACACACACACACACACAGUUCUGCAUCAUCACCUACACAGCUCAGAACAGGAACAUCGAAUAUAGCUCAAGGCUCUGUAUCAGAUUUGGAUAGUUCUCCUCCCCCUUCCAUGGUGAAGCAGUCUUACACAAAUAUUAAACAUACAUGUAUUCUUACCUCAUUUACAUUAACAUGACCAACUUACUGAAGGUGCGGUUGCUCAGUUGACCCUGUCAGUUAUCAGAAAUCUCAUUUCUGUUGGCAGUACCAGUGAGCAACAUAUGAUUUAAACACAUAUAUCAAUUCUUACAAUCAUCAUGUUGCGUGGAGCCCUUUUCACUUUAGAUCACACUGAUUUUAUCAUUUCCCGUUUGUCAGUGUGAUGUAGUGUGUAAUCAAACCUAGAUUUUAUUUGUUGCUAUCGCCAGGGUUUUGCAGUCUGACUAAUAUUUGCUGCGCAUGCCUUGAUUCUACUUUGUAAUUUGCCGUGUCCCGUGUGAUCUCUGCCACUGUGUCACUCACUCCUAGCUCAGACUAGUCAAACAGGCUUGACUCGCCUCCCCAGUUUGGCGGUGGAGCUGGCAUUCACGCUAAACAAAGUCUACAGAUUGUUUCCAAGGCAAUGCUGCAGUGCUCAACAAAAAGGCAUCACGACAGAUAGAAGCCAUAUUUUCUGUGACUUGCACAGUCAUGCAUUUCUGCAUAUUUCAAACACUCCUUGCUCAACGAGCUUCUAAAAUUUUUAUUCUGUUCAUCUGUUACAAGGGUUAUGGGGGAAGAGAUGUAAAGUGAUAAAACUGUAUGCAAAUCCUUAAUAUAGUACAUUUACAUUGUUAUAGAUAGACCUAUUAACAUGAAUGAUUUAAUUGUACAGCAAAAACAUUAGCCCUAAAUAAAGUUUUUUUUAUGCCCUUUUGAAUGUUAGUUUUGCCAAACAGCUGCACUUUCUUUGAAGUCCUCAAUCUGCAGGAAAAAAAAUGUGUGCAGACAACAGCCGCCACGCAUCAAACCUGAUUGGAUUGAUAAGAUACAGAUAUUGACCCCCGAGUUAAUGGUGUUCUCUGGUCGUUUUUCUUUUAAUGUAUGUGUGCCGCUGCAUUUGCCUUAGUUACCAUCUCCCAUCAGAGGCCUUGUCAGUUUGUACUAGAUUAUACAUUUGUUGUCCAUCAAGAUGCACUGAGUCUCGGUUGUUAAGAUUAUACCCUUUUUUUUUCUUGACUUGGAACAAUACUGUCAAGUCUUUUGAGUUUAAUUUUGCAUAUUAGAUGGAAAAAAAACCUCUGCACUGGCAAUAGAGAUGUUAUUUCUCUUUUUUUGUUUUCGUGCAGACAUGACACGAUGUUGCUGCGACGUAACCACACCAAAUGAAUGGUGGCCUUGAAAUAAAAUGAUUCACCAACCACUGGAAAGCACACAGAAAAGCUUUCCAGCUGGGCGAUGGAGGAAAGUUUAUUUACAGGUGUCACAUGUUUGGGAGAAAGUAGAGAGAGAUUAUUAACACUACACAGAACUGUGAUCUGCUCACUGUCUUUUCUAUGACAGACUGUUCUUUCAUGCUAAACCUUGACACAAGAUGGUGUAUUGUUGCAAAUAAAAAUGACAACUUGUUUUUCCACUGUAUAGUAAAAUACCAAUUUAAUAAAAGAUUAUUUGGAACUGGA